AAGAUUCUAAUAAAAAAUCCAAAAAUGAAAUUAUUUAUUCUAAGAAAUUAUAUGUUUAUAAUAAAGAACUAAAAAGAGAUAAACAAAAAAAAAUUAGCAAUAUUAAUUUUAAACUUUCUAUUUUAAAAGAAUAUUGUGAAUCUAAAAGUGAAUAUAAUA